GCCUGUGAACUUCGUUAUAUGUUUUGGUUUUUCUCUUCCAUUUUCAUAUAUCAUAGCGGCGUGUCCCGCCUUGUUUUCCUAUGGAGUACGACUUGGGAGUUUUGGAGGCUCAUCAAACGAGGCUGGGUUGGUGAAGAAAGGCACUCCAUCUUCCUUCCCCUUUGUUUCAACCUUUUUGCGGUCCAUGUUUCUCAAUCAGUAGGGAAAUUAUAUAAAAGGUCUAUCUCUGAGAAGAUGGGCAGCUCUCAAGUCUGCUUCUGCUGGCACAAAUACAGACACUUGAUCCUAUACUUGCUCAUUCUCUUUGCUCCAUCUUCAAUCUUCACUCAUGAUGCCUUUAUGGCUGAAGGGAGACCCAUUUCAGGUGUAAUUAAGCCUAACAAGAAGGGCAUGAAAGUGCAGGGAGUAGCCAUUUCUCGAAAUGCUAAGAUAGGGUCAAGGCCUCCAAGGUGUGAAAGAAGGUGUAGGAUCUGUGGACAUUGUGAAGCUGUACAGGUCCCAGUUAUACCUCAAGUCCAAGGCCAUACAAGCCAUACUGCUGUUAUAGGAACUCCCAUUAUUGCAUUCUCCAGGACCGAUGAUCUUUCCAACUACAAACCCAUGAGUUGGAAGUGCAAGUGUGGGGACUACUUUUUCAAUCCAUGAGUGGAAAUGGAAAGACCAGAUUCUAUUUUGAAAUUUAAAUUGUAUUAACUUUAAUCACAUACUCCUCUCUCUCCUUUAACCA